AUGGCUUUUAAUGACGAAAUAGCAGUUAUGAAUAUAUCUGAUCUAGUCAUUAAGACCACAGAAAUGCAUACAGGAGGGGAGCCACUCAGAAUUGUAGAAUCUGGGUAUCCGAAAAUCUCAGGAGAAACUAUAUUAGAGAAACGAAAAUUCGUAAAAGAAAAUUUUGAUUUUUUGAGAAAGUUUCUCAUGUUUGAACCAAGAGGGCAUUUCGACAUGUAUGGCGCGCUUCUCAUAGAACCAGACAACCCUGAAGCAGAUAUGGCAGUUUUGUUUAUGCAUAAUGAAGGGUAUAGCACUAUGUGUGGCCAUGCAGUGAUUGCAUUGGGGCGCUAUGCUCUUGAUAAGGGGCUUGCAAGGCAUAAACCGUCCCCUCCCGAGACUGAGGUGAAUAUCCAAUGUCCAUGUGGCCUGGUGAAAGCCUUUGUUGAAUGUAAUCACUUAGGAGAAACUGGGCGAGUGAGGUUUCACAGUGUUCCCUCCUUUUUAUUUGCUGCAGAUGUUAAAGUGUCCGUCCCAGGUUAUGGUGAACUCCAGGUGGACAUAGCUUAUGGAGGAGCAUUCUAUGCAUUCGUUACCACAGAAGCAUUGGGUCUCAACUUCCAAACAAAGAAAACUUCUGAAAUAGUUGAUGCAGCCUCAAAAGUUACAGAAGCAGUAAAAUCCACUGUGAAACUCCACCACCCAGAUAGUCCUGACCUGGCUUUCUUAUAUGGAACCAUUGUCACUGAUGGCAAGGAAGAGUUUUCUCAGGAACCAACUGCUAACAUUUGUGUCUUUGCUGACAGGCAGGUGGACAGAUGUCCUACUGGUUCUGGAGUAACAGCACGUAUUGCUCUUCAGUUUGCCAAGGGCCUGAUAAGUAUUGACCAAGAGAGGGUGUUUGAAAGUGGUUGUACUGGGUCUAGAUUUACUGGCAAAGCUAUACGUAGUUGCAAGGCAGGAACACAUGAUGCUGUUGUGGUGGAAGUGAGUGGCAAUGGAUAUUAUACUGGAUCUUGUACCUUUAUAGCAGAGGCAAAAGAUAUGCUGAAAGAGGGAUUCAUUCUGAAUUGA